AUUGGGCCGGACCGGGCCUGUACCCUCUGUUUCUUGGCUUGCCAAACGACCUCAACGGAACGGAACUGGAAUCCCGUACGCAACCGCAACAACCAACCGGAGCCGACAGGGACAGGAAAUCGCCACCUCCCCCACCGCGGCGCCGCCGCUCGCCCGCCGCCCAUAUUAACAACCCCAAGUUCUUGUCUUGUUCCGCCCUCGUCCGGGAUCGCUGCUCCUCGAAUCGAUUCGAUUGGUUGAUUUCGUUUCGACCUUCAGGUUGACAAGGAAACCAUCGCGAAUUCAUCACACAAUUUCAGAUGGGUUCCAAAGCGCCUUUAUGUCUCACGCUCCUCUUGCUGCUGCUCGUCGCUGCCUGCGGACCUGCUGCAGAGGCCAGGCGUCUUGUACUACCUGCUGCGCAGGCCAACGAUGCUGUUGAACUCCCAGAUCAUGGCUCAACCUUGAAGGAACAAAUUUCUUCAAUGAAGACUCCUGUCCAUCUCAAGAGUAGCGGCCAAAUAUGCUUAGCCUGUGAGAACUUCAUGAGCGAAGCUGUCAAUUAUCUCAGUGAGAAACAGACACAAGAUAAGGUCAUGGAAUUCCUUCAUGACGCUUGCUCUAAGUCAUUCUCCUUUGAAGAGAAGUGUGUUGAAUUGAUGGACUCUUAUGCAACACUCCUUUUUGCCAAGAUUACAGAGAUCGAACCAGAAGCGUUCUGCAAACAGUAUGGCCUGUGCAGGAACACAGCUCUUUUCUCUGGUGUGAGAAGUAACAGCACAUGUGUGUUUUGCCACCAUCUGCUUGAUGAAAUUAUGUCCAAACUGAAAGAUCCAGAUGCGGAGAUUGAGAUAAUUGAGAUUCUUAUCAAGGAGUGCAAUAAGAUUGAAGGUCACGUCCAGCAGUGCAAGAGACUGGUCCUGCAAUACAUUCCCCUCAUCCUGGUGAACGGUGAGAAGUUCCUCGAGAAGAAUGAUGUCUGCGCGCUCGUCCAGGCGUGUCCAGCCAGCCAGAAGAAGACCUUCAGCUCAGUCUUGCAGGGAGCGUUGCUGAGUGACGCUUGAAUUGAAGAUUGGAGAACACGCGAAGCGUUUAGCAGUGGUUGGAAAUAGUGUGUCCAUCCAAGUGCCGUGUUGUACAUAUAUAUAUUAUUGUCAUAUAUAAAUGCAUGAUGAAGGACGUGUCUUGUGCCCUGCAUUCUUUUCGUCUUGUAUCAUAAUAAUCACAUCGUCUUAAAGUAAAUUUUUAUGGACAUCCAGAGGAAUGAAGGGGGGAAAUAUUUGUAUCAUAAACACAUUGCCUUGAGCUACGGAUGCAGUCAAUCAAUUUAUAUCCAGAAAAUUUCAGCA